AGCUGUUGGCUCCAAGGCAGGCGCGCUUGGGUCGCGGCCUUCCCCGGCGGGGGUUGCUCGUGGACGGUGUCUUCGAGUCGUGUCGGCGCGGCCGGGACCCCGCCGCGGGGAUUCUCUCCGGGGCGGGGCGGCGCGCUGCUCCCUGAUGAGCGUCCGCAGCCCCUCGCCGGGCUGGCGGCCACGGCGGGCGGUUGUGGCGGAGCAGGAGGCCACCGAGAAGGGUCCGAGAGCCGCCAGCAGCAGCAGCUGCAGCAGCAGCGGCAGCAGCAGCGGCGGCAGCAGCAGCAGCAGCAGCGGCGCCAGAAGCGCGCUGCCGGUGCCCGCGUCGCCCCACAGGGCUCGGGCGUUUUGGCCUCGGCCAGCCGCGGAUCGAGCUCCGAGCUGCCCUGGGCAGCGCGGGAGUCUGCGGCCCGCCCACGGGGGCACCGAGCUGCGGGUCUGCAUGGCCCUGGCGUUUGUGCAGCAGUCUGUGCGAGGCAAGACGUUGGCCCUGGAAGCCCACAACUCCCCGUUCGCCACUCAACCCGGCCGGCCCGCCUCGCACCCAGUAGCUAAUUAAUUAGGCCUGUUUCCGUGCCCCGGACAGCUUCUGUCUCCGCCUGCGGUCUUCGCUCGCGGACGCGACCG